CCUCUCACGACGCUGUGUGCGUUUGACUGGGAUCGAGAAUGUUGAUACUGAUUGUUUGAGUUAAAGGGAAGCGUCGCUAAAGAGUCGGAGGGAUAGCAAAGGCAGCAAGACUCGGACUGCUGAGCCGAUACCAGCAAGGUUUGACCCGGUUACAACCGAGCGACCCGUAAUUUCUUCGCUUUGGGAUCGGACAACGACGAUGACCCAGCCUCGGCCCGACGAGUUCAUUCCACCCCCGGAAUGCCCUGUCUUCGAGCCUAGCUGGGAGGAAUUUGCCGACCCUUUUGCUUUUAUCAACAAAAUACGGCCUAUAGCGGAGAAAACGGGCAUCUGCAAGGUCCGACCGCCACCGGACUGGCAGCCUCCGUUUGCCUGCGAUGUGGACAAGCUGCACUUCACUCCCCGCAUCCAGAGGCUCAACGAGCUGGAGGCUCAGACUAGAGUCAAGCUGAACUUUCUGGAUCAAAUUGCCAAGUUCUGGGAGCUACAGGGAUGCACACUCAAAAUUCCCCAUGUGGAGCGGAAAAUCUUGGAUCUCUAUCAGCUGAAUAAGCUGGUGGCCGAAGAAGGCGGCUUCGACCUUGUCUGUCGCGACAGGCGCUGGACGAAGAUCGCCCUGAAGAUGGGCUUUGCUCCCGGCAAGGCUGUGGGCUCUCAUCUGCGGGCCCACUAUGAGAGGAUCCUGUACCCUUACAACCUGUUCCAGUCUGGAGCCAACCUUCUGGCCCCUGAUGUAACCUCCAAACUGAUGAGUUUAAUGGCCGGCCCCGAUCUGGAGAAGUGUGUCCAGAAGGCUGGUCUGCCCGGCGACACCAAGGACAAGGAGUACAAGCCCCAUGACCUGGCCCAGAGACAGUCUGUGCAGCCCACCGAGACCUGCACCCCGGCCCGCCGAGCCAAGCGCAUGAGAGCCGAGGGCGGCUGUGUGAAGACAGAACCGGGCGAGCCCUGUGAGAACCGGCCCAACCUGCGCCGGAGGAUGGGCUCCUUCGUGGCCAAGCCGGAGCCCGAGAAAGAGAUCCCCAUCCAGGUGAAGCAGGAGCCGCUGGAGAGCAAGGACCUGCUGAGCGAGCUGGAGAAGGCCCGGCAGCGCUACAAGAAGAACGCCCCUGCCGUGAGUACAGUGGACCUGUACGUGUGUCUGGUGUGUGGCAGUGGCACUGAUGAGGACAGGCUCCUCCUGUGUGACGGCUGUGAUGACAGCUACCACACCUUCUGUCUGAUCCCGCCGCUCCAGGAAGUCCCCAAAGGGGACUGGAGGUGCCCCAAAUGUCUGGCUCAGGAGUGCAGCAAACCUCAGGAGGCCUUUGGCUUCGAGCAGGCGUACAGAGACUACUCGCUGCGUUCGUUCGGAGAGAUGGCCGACUCCUUCAAAUCAGAUUACUUCAACAUGCCGGUCCACAUGGUGCCCACGGAGCUGGUGGAGAAGGAGUUCUGGCGUCUGGUGAGCACCAUCGAGGAGGACGUGACCGUGGAGUACGGGGCCGACAUCGCGUCCAAGGAGUUCGGGAGCGGCUUCCCCAUCCGGAACGGCCGCUUUAAGGUGGCCCCGCAGGACGAGGACUACCUGAGCUGUGGCUGGAACCUGAACAACAUGGCGCUGAUGGACCCGUCUGUGCUGACUCACAUCACCGCCGACAUCUGUGGCAUGAAGCUGCCCUGGCUGUACGUGGGCAUGUGCUUCUCCUCCUUCUGCUGGCACAUCGAGGACCACUGGAGCUACUCCAUCAACUACCUGCACUGGGGAGAGCCGAAGACGUGGUACGGGGCCCCAGGCUACGCUGCGGAGCAGCUGGAGAACGUGAUGAAGAAGCUGGCCCCCGAGCUCUUCGAGGCCCAGCCCGACCUCCUGCACCAGCUGGUCACCAUCAUGAACCCCAACACCCUCAUGUCUCACGGCGUGCCGAUUUACCGGACCAAUCAGUGUGCUGGAGAGUUCGUCAUCACCUUCCCUCGAGCCUAUCACAGUGGUUUCAACCAGGGGUUCAACUUUGCAGAGGCGGUCAACUUCUGCACCGUCGACUGGAUGCCGCUGGGCCGACAGUGUGUGGAUCACUACCGGAUUCUGCAGAGGUACUGCGUGUUCUCCCACGAUGAGCUCGUCUGCAAGAUGGCCUGCAAGGCCCGCUCGCUCGACGUGGUCCUGGCCUCCGCCGUCCAGAAGGACAUGGUCCUCAUGAUCUGCCAGGAGAAGGAGCUGCGCGAAAAAGUCCGCAAGAUGGGGGUGGUGCACUGCGAGCAGGCGGAGUAUGAUCUCCUGCAGGAUGACGAGAGGCAGUGCUACAAGUGCAAGACCACCUGCUACCUGUCAGCCAUCACCUGUCCUUGCAGCCCUGGCGCGCUGGUCUGCCUGCACCACAUCCAGGACCUGUGCUCCUGCCCCAUGUCCAACUACACACUGAACUAUCGGUUUACACUGGAUGACCUGUACCCCAUGAUGAACGCUGUGAAGCAGCGGGCCGAGUCCUACGACCAGUGGGCCUCCACGGUGACCCAGAUCCUGGAGGCUAAACUGGACAAGAAGAGAAGCCUGGCGGUGUUCCGCUCCAUGAUCGAGGAGUCGGAGGUGAAGACGUUCCCGGACAACGACCUCCUGCGCCACCUCCGCCUGGUCACCCAGGACGCAGAGAAGUGCUCCUCUGUGGCCCAGCAGCUGCUGAACGGCAAGAGGCAAACCAGGUACCGCUCAGGUGGAGGGAAGUCCCAGAACCAGCUGACUGUGGAGGAGCUGAAGUCCUUUGUCAGGCAGCUGUACAACCUGCCCUGCUGCAUCAGCCAGGCCCCCUUACUGAAGGAGCUGCUGAACCGGGCGGAGGACUUCCAGCAGCACAGCGAGAAGGCCCUGCGGGGGGAGGCCCCGGGGCCGGAGGAGCUGCAGGCCCUGCUGGAGGCCAGCGCCGAGCUGGACGUGCGGCUGCCGGAGCUGCCCCGGCUGCGGGAGCGUCUGGAGCAGGCCCGCUGGCUGGAGGCGUCGCAGCGCGCCGGGGCCGCCCCCGCCGGCCUGGGCCUGGACGCCAUGCGCCGCCUCAUCGACCAGGGCGUGGGCCUCGCCCCGCACCCCUCCGUGGAGCGCGCCAUGGCCCGCCUGCAGGAGCUGCUCACCGUGUCCGAGCACUGGGAGGACCGCGCCCACGGCCUGCUCAAGGCCAGGCCUCCUCACUGUGUGGAGACGCUGGCAGCGGCUGUGCAGGAGGUGGAGAGCAUCCCCGCGUACCUGCCCAACUGCCUCCUGCUCCAGGACUCUGUCACCAGGGCCAGGGAGUGGCUUCAGGAGGCCGAGGCAUUGCAGCUGGGCGGGCGCAUCCCCGUGCUGGACUCCCUCUCUGACCUGGUGGUGCGGGGCCGGGCCCUUCCCGUGCUGCUGGGGCCCCUGCCGCGCCUGGAGGCGCUGGUCUCAGAGGUGCAGGCCUGGAAAGAGAGCGCCGCCAAAACCUUCCUGCUGAAGAACUCUCCCUACACCCUGCUGGAGGUGCUGUGCCCCAGGUGUGAGGUGGGGGCGGGGAGCCCCAGGAGGAAGGCCAAGAAGCUGAAGGACCCGGUUCAGCACGGCAAGAAGAAACCGCUGAAGCUGGACUGCCUGAGCGACGUGGAGAGGGCCCUGUGUGACAGCAAGGACUCUGCCUCUGCUAUGGCCACCCUGGCCGAGGUGCGUCUGAAGGAGAUGGAGGCCCUCUCGGCCCUGCGGUCCGCCAACGAGUCCAAGCUGCUGCCGGCGGCGGACAGCGGGGCCCUGCGGGUGUGCGUGUGCCAGCGGCCCCCGGGGGGCGCCAUGCUGCAGUGCGAGCUGUGCCGCGACGCCUUCCACAGCAACUGCGUGGCGGGGAGCGAGGCUCCCGCGGACGAGGCCCCGGGCCGGGCCUGGCUCUGCCCGCCCUGCCGCCGCUCCGAGAAGCCCGCGCUGGACAAGGUGCUCCCCCUGCUGGCGGCCCUGCAGCGCAUCCGCGUGCGUCUGCCCGAGGGCGACGCCCUGCGCUACGUCAUCGAGCGCACCGUCAGCUGGCAGCGCCGCGCCCGCCUCGUCUCCUCCUCCUCCUCCUCCUCCUCCUGCGGCCGGCCCUCCCCCCCGCUCAGCCGCUGGACCUCCGCUGGGGCUGUCGACGGGAAGGUGGCUAGCCCAGGGACAGCUGCAUGCCUGGGUCAGGAGUGGAACCGAGCAGGCCAAUCACAGACAUCCUUCUACACUCAACAGCCAUGCAUUCCUCUUCAAGGUCUGAGCCAGGAGCUGGAGGAGCUGAUGGUGGAGGGUCUCCUGCUGCCGGUGUCCCUGCCGGAGAUCCAGCAGCUCUACCACGUCCUGCUGAACGGCCUGGCCUCGCCCGCCGACGGCAGCGCCUCGCCCCGGCCGCAGGGCCCGGACUGCGACCAGCACAAGCAGUGCAACUCUCAGGGAAGGAGUCCGCCCCAGAGCGAGGACGGGGUCUCCGGUCUGAAGAAGGACGCCGUCAACGGGACGGACAGGAAGGCCAAGCGGCGCCUGGAGCGGGAGGGGCCGGACCGGGACCGCCGGGAGCGGGCCAAGAAGCCGCAGAAGAAGAAGCCCAAACUGAGCCGGGAGAGCCGGGCGGCCUCCCCCUCCGUCCUGUCCGACUCCUCCCCCUCCGAGGACUCUGAAGAGGACAUGGCCCUCUGUCCGGCCGAGAGGUGCCAGCAGCCGGAGGGAGACGAGGUGGACUGGGUCCAGUGUGAUGGCAGCUGCAACCAGUGGUUCCACCAGGCCUGCGUGGGGGUGACCCCUGAGCUGGCUGAGAAGGAGGACUAUAUUUGCGUCAGCUGUACUGUAAAAGAUGGCCACCUGCGAAAAUGAGGAGAGGAAGGUUUGGAAGAAGACUGGAGGAUGUUUUUUCUUUUUUUUGUGUGUGUUCUUCUUGAAAAGCCACAGCUCUGGGUGUGUAACUGACCCCGCCUCCCCUCAUGUCCUGACCCCGCCCCCUUAGGUCCAGACCUUCCCACUGCCCCGCCCCCUCAGGUAUUGACCCCGCCCACUGCCCCGCCCCCUCAGGUCCAGGCUGUCCUCUCUGCUCCCUUGUCCUGACCCCGCCCACUGCCCCGCCCCCUCAGGUUCAGACCUUCCCAUGGCCCCGCCCCCUCAUGUCCUGACCCCGCCCCCUCAGGUCCAGACCUUCCCUCGGCCCCGCCGCCUCAUGUCUUGACCCCGCCCACUGCUCUGCCCCCCUCAGGUUGGGACCUUCCCACCGCUCCCCUUCCUUCCCUUUUGUAACAACGGUGCUACUUAUUCCUUACGGGAUCGUUUUCCACAAUUUAUGAGACUGUUUGGUCACUUUUUUGUAUUGAUUUUUUUCCCCCCCUCCCUCUCCUAUGAACUGUUUUUGUGGUUGUCUAAAAAAUGGCAGGAUUUUGGAGUGUUCUGCUGGGGUUUCCAUCCCACUGGCGCAAGAGAGUCUACAGACGAAGCACCUUGUGAAAAAGAAAACAAAAAAACAGGAUUCUUUCUCCGUUCCUCUGGGGCUUUCCCGCAUGCGAAACCAGAGACACUGGGUGCAGGGACUCAUUUUUCACCAAAAAGAAGCUUACAAAAAAAAAAAAAAAAAUUUCAAGAGAAACUUAUUUUUUUGGAAACCCACUGUUUAGUACAAGCAUCUGGAUAAUAUAAAAAAAAAAAAAGUUUUUUUUUUUUUCUUCUCUUUUUUCGUAGAUUAGGUUAAUUUAUCUGAGCAAUAACGUCUAUGUCUGAGUUCAGUGGCUUGAGAUCUCUUCUGAACAGUGUGUUGGUGCUUUAGCGAUGGUUUGAUGUACAGAAUGCUCCCUAUUAGACUGUGGGGUCAAAGUGGUGGACUAGAAAAGUAGCAGACAGAAGGAAAUGUGUAAAGUUACUGCCACAGCUGUAUGGGGCUUUUCUUUGG